AUGGCACCCAAAGUUAAGGGAGACGAGGUUUUAGAUAACCUCAGCAAGCUUCAAUUCUCGGAUUCAGUCAAAGAGCUCAUCCAAAUAGCCCGCCAAAAUUACGCCGACGAACUGAAAGCCGCCAACGAUGCCGUGUCCGACUACAUGCGCAAAAGCAGUCGGACAGAGCGGAAAUCUGAGAAACAAGAGAGUGAAUUACUGAUUCUACAGCAGCGUCUGGCCGAUGCGGAGGAGGCGAUCAAGACACAUGAAGAUUCCCAGGCCGAGGCCGCGGACAAGCGCGAGGCGGAGCGUUUGAAGUCGGAGCUGCGCCGGGUCCAUGGCUUGGUUCAUAACAAGGAAUCCGAUCUCCACGCCGCCGAGGACCGUGUGGCGGAGAUGCGCGAGUACAGCGAGAAGCAGGAGGGUCUCAUCGCGACCUUGCGCGAGCGCGCCGCGGUGAGUAAGAGCGAUGCGAAGAACAAAGAAAAGAUCAUCACGAAGUUGGAGGAAGAGAUGGGUAACCUAAAGCGCGAGCUCGAAACCCUGGAGAAGAGGAAAGUGGUGCUGCAGAAGAAGCGGUUGGACAGCUCCGUCGGUGCGAAAGCGGAGGAAGAGCCCACGGAUGAGGUGACGGAGCUGCUGAGAGUGCUAGAGGACCGGCACGUCGUGCUCCAGCAACAGGUGCGAGGCCUCUUCACGCUUCUUGAAGGUGAGUACGCCAUGCGCCGGGUGUACGAGCGGCUCGCCAAGUUCGCCGUCAAGCCCCGGUUGGCCAUCUGUGCGGCUCCAUCGGGCACCAACUCCAGCACCCCGGGACGGACGCCGGUCAUUGCUCAGGGCAGCCUGGAGCAGGAACUCUUGGAGGGCACCGGCGAUGAGAGCUUCGAUUAUGGCGAGGCGGAACCCAUGGAUGUCACUCGCUUCGGCGAGCCCCUAUCCCCCUACCCGCCUCCACCCCCCGAGGAGCUCAGGAAACCCCGCGUGGACUCCGAGAAGCGGCCACUACGCAAGGCAGGUGGCUACCGCACCAAGACGACCAAACGGUUCAGCCCGGGAGAGAAAAAACGGAAGCGAGGGGCGGACAAGAACCCGCUGGAGGAGAUGGAGGAUAUUCAAAGUAAAUUGGCCGUUCUGACGCUCGCCCACCCGCCGUCGUCCCGGUCCCUGCAGAACUGGGUCCAGAACGAGCGCGGGGUCUGCCAGGUCGGGGCGCGGAAACGACGCCACCUGAACCCGCUCCCUAGACGGCCCGGGGACGGUUAUGCGUACAGUAUGCAGAAUCUUAACGACUUCCUGACGCAUGUCCACAACAUCCGCGCCAAAAAGGAGCCGGUGCCCCCCACUCCCGGCCUGCCCCGUCGCCGGGCGGGGCCAGUACCCCCGGGGCCCCCGCCCACGCCCGCAGCCCCGGGUCUGGACCGCGAGGCGGUGAUCCAGCACGACCUUGCGCCCGAGGUGCGUAAGAAGGCUAUCAUCAAGGCCCCGCUUUAUUUGAAUCUCCCUCCCCCGCCGCCUCCCCAAUGGAAAGCCCAGCCCUUCAGCGCGUCACGGAAAUUUCAAGUGACCCACCAGGAAUGGUGCAUGGCAUGCGCCUCCCAGCUCGAGCACGAGCUGGAUGCCCUACAGUGGAGCCCGCACGACACCGUGAUGGAGUACGAGCCGGAGAUGUCGCUUGGGCGGCGGCCCCCGAUGCCCGCGCCCCACCCGUCCAAGCCCCGUCCGACCAAACCCCUGUGGCAGUACCUCGCGCUGGUUCUGCUCCUCGGGUUUGUCCUGUGGCGGACGACCCGGGUGGACACCCAUAGCUGGCUGGAAGCCAACGACCUGCCACCUACCCUCAUGCAAAGAAUCCAGAUGCGGCGCGAGUCGCAAAACCAGCUGCUGCGGAUUCUGGACUUUGAGAUGUCGCAGCGGGCGGCAGCGGAUUGGCCCAUCAUGGGUUAG